AUGUCGUCAUCUGUGAGCAACGACGAUUCACGACUCGGUGAGUCAAAUCGUUCGACGGAAGAACACGGCGGCGACGGUGGAAAGUUCACGGCUUACGAGUCUCGAUUCCAGUCGCAGCGGUUUGACUCGUCUUUCUCCAAUUUUGAAACCCAACCGGAGAACGAUUCGUCUCCUCUCUCCAAACAUGGGGAUUUAUCGUCCUCACUUAAGGAAUCGCCGGGAAAUCAAUCUCCGCCGUUGAUCAACAGUUCCGACGAUACGAACGGUCCGAUCUUGCCGCCUCCAUCGGUUAUGGAGAAAGAGGAAGGUUUUGCUCUCAGGGAGUGGCGAAGGCUAAAUGCUCUGAGAUUGGAAGAGAAGGAAAAGAAAGAGAAAGAAAUGGUUCAACAAAUUAUAGAAACUGCAGAGCAAUUCAAGGCCGAUUUCUAUAGCAAGCGUAGCAAUACUAUCGAAAGCAACAAGAAAUCAAACCGCGAGAAAGAGAAGUUGUUUUUGGAGAACCAAGAGAAGUUUUAUGCUGAAGCUGAUAAAAACAAUUGGAAGGCGAUUGCGGAACUCAUUCCUCGUGAAGUACCAGUUAUAGAGAAGAAAGGGAAGAAGAAGAAGGAAGCUUCCAUAAAUGUGAUACAAGGACCAAAACCUGGGAAGCCUACUGAUCUGUCUCGUAUGCGUCAAGUGCUCACUAGACUCAAGCACAAUCCACCUUCUCUUAUGAAUCGCAAAUCGCCAUCGCCAUCUGAAGCUAACCCGUGA